AUGGACUGGCCCGUGUCGACCUUCAACGGCACCUGGGACGAGCCUGCUGGCCCGCCACCGGGCUCCCCUCCGACUUAUAAAUUCGAAGGACCCUGGUUCACCACCCAACUCAUCCUUUCCGCCACCAUCGGUCUCGUCUCGUUUCUGCUCUUCUCCUAUUGCCGCACCCGAUGGCCGCUGCUGUUCGCGCCCCGGACGAAGCUCAAAGGCUUCUCCCCACAUGAGGCACAUGCACACCAGGCGUUCUUUGGUUGGAUACUGCCCACCAUACGCACCUCCGAGUAUACCAUUCUGCAGAUAGUGGGUCUAGAUGCUGCAGUGCUUUUGAACUUCUUCAAGAUGUCAUUCUACCUCUUCUCCGUCUGCUCCGUAUUUGCGACCUUUACCCUCAUGCCUAUCAACCUACGCAGUAAUAUCGGCAUUGGCGACGAAGACGAAGACAGCGACUGGCCCUCCUGGGGAGACUCCUUCGCCAGCCCCAACACCACCAAACCAAAGACCCCCACCGACAAACCCACUGACUGGCUCGACCUCAUCUCCGACGCCAACUCCUACCUGACCAUCCACCUCCUCUUCACCUACCUCUUCACGCUCCUCUCCCUCUGGUUCAUCUACCGCAACUACCGCCGCUUCAUCCGCGCGCGCCAGCUCUUCUCGCUCGAGCUCGUGCACUCCAUCCCCGCGCGCACCGCCAUGCUCUCCGCGCUCCCGCCGCACCUGCAGUCCGAGCGCGCGCUUGCGGAGUACUUCGAGGGCAUGAACCUCGCCGUCGAGAGCGUCACCAUCUGCCGCGAGGUCGGCUCCCUCAAGCGCUUGCUCGACAAGCGCACCGACGCGCUCCUGCAGCUCGAGCAGGCGUGGACAAAGUACGUCGGCAACCCGAGCACGGUCGAGGCGUACGACCCGUCGAGCAGCGCGCCGGCGUACACGGACGGUGAGCCCGGCGCGGUCGAGGCGCAGCAGCCGCGCCUCGUCGUCCCGCACCGCAAGCGCCCGAGCAUCCGCCCCGGGUGGUUCAAGCCGAAGGUGGACGCGCUCGAGUACCUCCAGGCGCGCUUCGCCGAGGCGGACGCGGCCGUGCAGGCGAAGCGGCGCUCGGGAAAGUUCAGGGCGACGCAGACGGCCUUUGUCACGUUCGAGAAGAUGUCGAGCGCGCAAAUUGCCGUGCAGACCGCACACGCCCCCGCCCCCGCGCAAUGCCUCACGCACCAGGCCCCCGAGCCGCGCGACAUCGUCUGGGCGAAUAUGUCGCACUCGCCGCGCGCGCUCGUCAUCCGCGAGACGCUCGUGCUCGCCGCCAUCUGCGUCCUCCUCCUCUUCUGGCUGCUGCCCAUCACCUUCCUCGCCAGUUUGCUGAGUUACAAGGAGAUCAAGAAGGCGUGGCCGUGGCUCGGGCGGUUGAUCGAUAGGAAUGACAAGGUGCAGGCGAUCGUGCAGAACUCGCUGCCGUCGGUCGCGAUGAUGAGUCUGAAUGCGCUGUUGCCGUUUUUGCUGGAAGCCCUCACGUAUCUCCAGGGCUACCGCGCCCGCAGCUGGAUCGAGUACUCCCUGCUGAAAAAGUACUUCCUCUUCCUACUGACCAACGUCGUCUUCAUCUUCCUCCUCGCGAGUACGUACUGGCAGCUCGUGCGGGACCUCGCCAACUCGCCUGGCAAGAUCCCUGAGAAGCUCGCGGAGGCACUGCAGAAGGGUAGAGCGAGGCAUUUCUUCUUGUCAUAUGUCAUCCUGCAAGGGAUCGGUAUCAUGCCCCUCCAGCUCCUCAACUUGGGCGUCAUCAUUCCGAAGAUGUUAUUCCGGGUAUUCACCCGUACCCCUCGAGACUUUGCGGAGCUGAACGCGCCGCCGAUGAUCAACUACGGCGUCGUCUACCCACAGGCAAUACUGAUAUUCACGAUUACGAUUCUCUAUAGUAUUGUCCAGCCGCUCAUCGUCAUAUUCGGCGCGAUAUACUUUGGGGUGGCAUACGUGGUGUACAAAUAUAAGCUUCUAUUCGUCUUCUACAAACCCUAUGAAUCGCAGGGGCAGGCCUGGCCAAUUACGUUCACGCGGCUCAUCUGGGGCGUGGUCAUCUUCCAGAUCUUCAUGAUCGGCAACUUCAUCCUGCGGCAGUCGUACGUGCUGUCCUUCCUCGUCGGGCCGCUGCUCGCGGGCACUCUGUUCUGGGCGUGGCAGACGGACAAGACGUUCCGUCCGCUCAGCAAGUAUGUGAGUCUGAGCUCGGUGUACGAGGUCGAGCGCGGGGAGGAGACGGCGGAUGUGGUAAGGUUGAGGGCGGGCCAUCCGGUGACGUGGUCGCAAAGCAAUUUGAAUAGGCGGCGAUAUGCGCAGAAUGAUGAGACGCUCUACGUCGCUCCGGAAGACGCGAGGACGGAUUAUUCUCAACCACCAAUGGCGAACUGGUAUAGCGGCGUGCUAAAUACCGGAAAGCGACGGUACGGCCAUCCCGCACUGACCGGUGUCCUCCCACAGCCAUGGCUUCCUCUGAAGAAGGGCCAGGCACUGGUCAACAACGGGCGACCGUCACAGGGGAAGAAGGACGAAGCAGUCGUCCUGACCCUGCGAAAGCGGGUGAGUGUGUCCCGCCGCGCUUCCCGGCACCUGGGCAGCCGGGGCGCACCCACCGCUCCGCUGCCCGAAGAACAGGGCGAGACGCAAGCGCAAGCACCCCGCGACGUAGAGGAUCCCUGGCGCGACGACGCGUCUGGCUCAUCGAGAAGGCUGCAGCCACAUCAGCAACACCUUGCGCACCGGCUCAGCUACGACCACGGUUCGGGUGUGAUUAUGCUGCCCGAGGACGGCGCGUGGCUGGACGAGGAGGAGUCGGAUUCGGAGGACGACUUUGGGUCGCCGAUCGCGCCUGGGAGUCCCGCGAAUGGGAGCGAGGAGCCGGCCGGGGAGCAGACCGGGCAGCAGGGACAGGGGCAGGCUUCGACUAUCUCGGAGGGGACGUCGCCUGCGAAUUCGAAGCAGCGCUACGGGACGUAUUAUCACCACCCCGAGAGAAGGCGGCAGACGAUCCCUGGGGCGUUCUCGCCGGGGCAUAAUGAUGAGUGAGG